AUGCAAGAGAAUGUAGAAGCAUGUAGAAUUCUAUUAGAGAUUAAUCCUACUUUAUUAAAUCAAACAAACUAUGAUGGAAUAACUGCAUUACAUAUUGCUGCAAUAAGGAAUAACAGUCGUACAAUAGAAUAUUUACUAUCUAACGGUGCGGAGAUCAAACCAGAUCAUAAUGGAUUAUACUUCUCAAAUUAUGCAAUUACAAGACAAAAUGAGGCAGCUGUUAAAGAAAUAGUUCUACAUGAAAGAUGGCCCGAAAUAGUGGAGUUACUUAGCAACACAAUAUACUGUCCAUUCAAAGAAUUAAUAGAGUAUUUACCUGAAAUUUGUUUGACAUUGUUUGAUUUCUCUAUAUUACAACCACCUUUAAAAAAUCGCAACAGACAACCAACUGAACCACUACAACACUUAAAGAUUAUGAUUCUUCAUAAACGGGAUAAAUUACUUGCUCAUCCUUUAUGUGAGAUGUUUCUCAAAGUAAAAUGGAUGAUGUAUGGUAGAUGGAUUCAUUUAAUCAUAACUGUUUAUUACAUAAUAUUAAAUUCGGCAGUAACCUUUUCCUGCCUAAGACAAGUACCAUUAAUUAUGGACUAUAAUAAUAAUAAUCAAGUAGAUCACUGUGUUCAAAAUUUAUACAGUCAAACAAAUGAAUCAAGUUUUAAUAGAAGAAUAUUGAUUUUCAUUUUGUUUGUUAGUUUAUCAAAUAUGUUUACACAAUGCUUGCAAAUUAUUUCACAAAGAGUGAAAUAUUUUAAACAUUGGAAUAACCACUUUGUUUUAAUAUUUCAAUCACUACUUAUUAUAAAUUCAGUAAUAAGUUUAAUUGGUAAUAAUCAACUAUAUUCUGCUGUUCUAGCAAUAAUUGUCAUGUUUAUAGCUUGGAUGAAUCUACUUUUACAAAUGAUUCGGUCACAAGAUUUUGGAAUAUUUAUCAUCAUGUUUAUACAUGUGACAGCCACAGUUGCUAAAUUGUUACCUUUAUCUUUAUAUCUUCUUAUUGGAUUUGCAACAGUAUUUCGACAACUAAUUCAGUUACCAGAUGAAGAGGUGUUCACUUCUUUAUCUGACAAUAAUAAAAUACAAUUCCGUAACUGUUUCAUUGAGUAUCCAAGUUCACUAAACCAUUCAAUGAAUAAUAUAACAAAAAUAAAUAGAAGACAAUUCAAUAUGCUUAGCGAUAUUGGACUAACAUUUUUCGAUACAUUAAUGAUGAUGAUGGGUGAAUAUAAGCGUACAAAAAUUAUUAUUCAGUCAUAUUUAGAGGAUCAAGUAUCUGCAAUACCUUAUCCAAAAUUGACUUUCAUCUUUUAUAUAGCAUUUAUUAUUUUAAUACCAAUAACACUGAUCAGCUUGACGAUUGGUUUAGCAGUUGGUGAUAUUGACAAGGCUAGAAGAAGUGCUGCACAAGAACUAAUCUAUCGACAAGUUUACUGGUUAGAUAGUUUAGAAGCGAAUCUCCCACGUUGGUUAUACGCUAAAGUUUGUGUUCAAAAAUGGUUAUUGAAACCAGCUAGACCAAAUUUACCAAGAUACGAGCGUUCUAGACAAGAACUAAACAAAACUGUCGAACUUUUAAAUCAACGACUGAAUAUAAUCUACAAAAAAUUGGAAUGGUUCAAUUAUCAAUUGCAUCAAAUCAUGCAAAAGCUAUCAAUACAAACAAUGGAAACACUAUUGGAUACUGGAAGUUACGAUGAUGUCGGUUAAAUACUUGAUUCGACCAUUUUGUCGAUCAGUUAAAGUACAAGUUAAACAAUUGAUUCAUUCUACUUACAGACAACAUUGUUAAACCGACAUUCAGAACCAGUUUACGUUCUGUCCUGAUGUCAAAUCCUUAUCAUAUACAUCUCAUUAUUAUCCAACUCAUUUUUAUUAACUCCAAUUAUAAACCCACAUUAAUUCAAUUUUAUAUUGAAAUCAAGCUAGAAUUUAGUUAGUUUUCAUAAAAACAAAUACAUAAG